AUGGAACGAAUCUACAAUGCCAAGAGGUGUCCUGAUGAUAAUAGAUUGGCGUUCACAGAAUAUCUCUUAACUGGGGAAGCCAGUCAUUGGUGGACGAGCAUGAAGAUGAUACUGGCGGAUGCUCAAAGUCCCAUCUCUUGGGAAGUCUUCAAAAGCAAGUUCUAUGAGGAGUAUUUUCUUGAUAGCGUCCGUUUUGCAAAGGAGGUGGAGUUUCUUCAGCUAGUGCAAGGUGGGAUGUCCGUUUCGGAGUACACCAACAAGUUCAAACACUUAGUAAGAUUCAACACUAUGGCCACCAGUGAGGAAUGGCAGUGUAGGAAGUUCGAAAAUGGGCUGAGGAGUGAUUUGAAGCUACUGAUAUCCAGCCUAUGUAUUAAGUCAUUUCCUGCCAUGGUUGAGAGGGCAAAGGUAUUGGAGAAGAACGUAGCAGAGGUAGAACAACAGAAGAAGCAACAACAAGUGGUGAGGGGACCGGUAUUGUCUAGAGGCAAUACGAAUUUGAGAAGGAAUCCUUACGCUCGUCCAGCACAACCAUCAAAUUCAAGUGGGUCUCAGGCAGUGGUUGUUGUCGGUCGGUCUGGACAGCAAGGGACCGUAACAUGUUUUCAGUGUGGAGGACCACACUACCGUUCGUUGUGUCCUCAGUUAGUAGGAGGAAAGUAUUGCACUCGCUGCAGGAGGAAUGGACAUUUGGAGAGUGAGUGCAACAUGGGAGGACGAGCAAUGAUGAGGCCACCGAAUGCUGGAAGGAAUCAAUCGAGAGGUGGUGGUCGAGCACAAGCAGUUGGUCGGGUAUAUGCCAUAACGGGCGCUGAAGCAGCAAGUUCAGGUUUAGAAGUGAUCCUAAGAAUGGAUUGGUUGGCUGCAAAUCGCAUUCUCAUAGAUUGUGGUGAGAAGAAGUUAGUGUUUCCGAAUGAAGAAGAAGAAGAGUUUUCAGUAACGCUCGGUCAAUUAAGGGAAGAUAUUAUGGAGGGCGCGAGCUGUUAUCUGAUAAUGACGCACGCGGACGAGAAGUGUGAAGCAUUAAGUAACGAAAGAUCAUCUAGUAGCAAGCUGAGUGGAGGACGAUCGGUGGUGGAUGAAUUCCCGAACGUCUUUCCGGAUGAAGUACCUGGACUACCUCUUCCUCGUGAGGUAGAAUUCACUAUUGACUUGGUGUCGUCCGCGGGGCCCAUUUCUAUUGCACCUUAUCGGAUGUCACCAGCUGAGUUGGUCGAACUCAAGAAGCAGAUUGAAGAUUUAAUGGACAAGCAACAGUUAAACAAGCUGACCAUCAAGAAUAAGUACCCCUUGCCGAGGAUUGACGAUCUAUUGGAUCAAUUGCAUGGGGCUACUAUAUUUUCGAAGAUUGAUUUGAGGUCUGGGUAUCAUCAGAUUCGAGUUAAGGAAGGGGACGUCCAGAAGACUGCUUUCAGGUCUCGUUACGGACACUACGAGUAUGUAGUGAUGUCGUUCGGUGUCACUAAUGCGCCAGCGAUUUUCAUGGACUACAUGAAUUGCAUCUUUAGGCCGUUCCUAGACAAGUUCGUGGUCGUCUUCAUUGAUGAUAUCCUCAUCUACUCCAAGAGCUGUGAAGAACAUGAAGAACACUUGAGGAUGGUGCUUGGCGUCUUGAGGGAAAAGGAGUUGUACACUAAGCUAUCUAAAUGUGAGUUUUGGAUGAAGGAACUGCAGUUCUUGGGGCACGUAGUCUCUGUUGGAGGGAUCUCAGUGGAUCCGGCCAAGGUACGAGCGGUGUUGGAAUGGGAGAGUCCGCGUUCGGUCACUGAAGUCCGAAGUUUCAUGGGGUUGGCGGGCUACUAUAGACGUUUCAUUGAAGGAUUUUCUAAGAUAGUAGCGCCAUUAACACAUCUGACCCGAAAGGAUCACCCGUUUACCUGGACCGAUCGGUGUGAAUCGAGUUUCCAAGAAUUGAAGCAGAAGUUGACGAGCGCUCCAGUUUUGGUCAUUCCUAACACGGCCAAACCAUUCGAAGUCUAUUGCGAUGCUUCUCAUCAAGGUUUGGGCUGUGUGCUUAUGCAAGAAAGAAGGGCGGUCGCGUACGCUUCUCGGCAACUGAAGAUACACGAGAAGAACUAUCCUACGCACGACUUGGAGCUGGCAGCAGUGGUCUUCGCGUUGAAGAUUUGGAGACACUACUUGUAG